AUGCGGCAUCUUCAUCACACUGGAGUAUGCAUUUCCUACAUCUACAUCAUCUCUGCCAUGCUGAGGUGUCACUCCAGCAAGGGAAGGCACAAAGCCUUCUCCACCUGUGCUUCUCACUUGAUAGUUUUUGCCAUAUUCUUUGACCAGGUGAUAUCAGUGCUUUAUAUAAUGGUAAGCCCCACAAUCUACAGCAUGAGGACCAAGGAGUAUUAG